CUUACGAUCAUGAAGUGCUCUUCUGUCCGUGGUGUGUAUCCCUCUUCUUGGGGCAGCUUGUGGCAACUGUUUAUCUAUCUAUCUAUCUAUCUAUCCAUACACGACGUCUCUCUGUGCUUCCCGAGUACUUGUGUGCCGGGAUCAUUUUGAAAACUCAUUCCUCAAGCCCGCAGUUUAAGACGGUUCACAGAAACACCCUCCCCGCACUCCCCAGACUCAUCAAGCUGUGAACCACGUGCCACGGCUUUAUCAGCUCUGUUUAUUCACAUGGACACUGAGGACUUUUUAGCUUUUUGUUUUCAGUUGAUUUAUUGGAUAGAAACAGUCAGAAACCAAGAGGAAAGGGGGUGGAUAGACAGGGAGAAAGACAGAGAGACACCUGCAGCCCUGCUUCACCACUUGCAAAGCUUUCCCGCUGCAGCAGGAAAUAGCCCUGUGGUAAAAGACGCGAGGAUGGAAGAUGGGAGAGGAGGUGACUUAAACGCUUCAAGCUCUUCCCAGACAGAUGAGUCAUCACAGGCGUCACUCUCACCGAGAAAGUCUUCCAACCCAGUGAUGGAUUUCUUCAGUUCACAUUUCCUAGCCGACUCUUCUUCCCCAGGCUCUGCUUUUUCUAGUCAUGCAGAUGCCCAUGACAGAGGUGCGAGUGAUUUCCUUGUUUCCGAUGAAAAUAUUCAGAAGAUGGAAAAUGUGCUGGAUCUGUGGAGUUCGGGGCUUAAGACGAACAUCAUAUCUGAGUUAAACAAGUGGAAACUUAAUUUUAUUGACUGGCAUCGGAUGGUGAUGAAAAAAGAGAGAGAGAAACACGCAGCAGAUUUGAAACAACUGAGUGGCCAGAUAAGCAGCCUGAAAGAACUGCAGAAAACCUAUGAAGUCUCUAUUAGGAGAAAAGAUGAGGUGAUUUCUAGCCUGUCUCAAGCCUUAAGCAAGCAUAAGGAAAGGAUAGAGUUGAUGAGAAGAUUCUUCCACUGGAGAAUCAGCCAUGUCAAGUGCAAACAAGAUGCCUUUGACGUCAGACGAGCCGAGCAGCACUGGCAGCGAGCCUUGCUGAAGAAGGUCUGGAAAGGCUGGCACUCCACAGUCCAGAAGAAGUGGAAGGAUGUGGUGGAGCGAGCCUGUCAGGCGAGAGCUGAAGAGGUCUGCAUCCAGCUCUCCAAUGACUAUGAGGCCAGACUUGCAGCGUUAUGUGGGGCUUUGGAAAAUGCUAAAGCUGAGAUCCAAAGGCUGCAGCAUGAGAAAGAGCACUUUGAAGACUCCAUGAAGAAAGCCUUCAUGAGGGGCGUGUGUGCGCUGAACCUCGAGGCCAUGAGCAUGUUUCAGAGCAGAAGUGAUGCAGGAACAGACUUCACCAGUAGUAGAAAGGAAGAGUCUGGUCCCAGUACUCAAGGGAAAGAACAUUCUGCCCACUGGGAUCCCUCAGCCAUGUCCGUCCCCUCAUCCGCGCCCCGACCUCCCACGCCACCAGCAGCUGCCGGAAUGGCCGGCCCUGUGGUCUUUCCGUCCGCUACCUCCCUCACUUCCGGGGCUGCUUCCAUGGCCUCGGCUCCCGUUCCUGUUCCCGCGCCUGUUCCUGCUUCUCUCUGCACUGGAUCUGCAGCCACUGCCGCCUCGGAAGAAACGUAUGCGCCCAGAGUCGUGACAUCUGCACAACAGAAAGCCGGAAGAACCAUUACAGCUCGGAUCACAGGGAAAUGUGAUUUCACCGCAAAAAACAGAAUUAGUAGCGGCCUAGCGAUCAUGGGAGUUUCUCCGCCCAUGAGCUCCGUGGUUGUGGAAAAGCAUCAUCCGGUCACAGUGCAAACCAUUCCUCAAGCCACGGCGGCAAAAUAUCCCCGAGGUCUUCAUCCUGAAGCAGGCAGCUCCGGCCCCCGCCCUCUGGGCACCAGGGCCACCCACCCGCAGGCUCUGGCUGGCAUGCCCUCCAUCCGAGUGGUCGACUGAACCGAACACGCUCACGUGAAGGUCUUUUAAUUCCUCUCCUGUUCGAAGGAUUGAAAGUCUGUAGUUUUUAAAUUCUCCGUGUUCCUAGAGCAUCACAGGUACAUCAUGUUCACCUUUCUAACUGCAAGAUUUUUUUAAGCCAUACCAUAAUUAUAUGUAGAAUUAUUGUAAUGUUAUUUUUAUUUAAGAAAUUAAGUAAAACUUUUUUAAUU